AUGGAGGGCGAAAGUCAAAAUCAGCCAGGGGGCUUUACCCCGGAUUAUCAUCUUGUCAUUAAACUCAACCGUGAGCGGCUGCUGCAACGGCUCCCCAAGAAGCCAGAAGUCAAAAAGUGGCCAGAAAACCGUCUGAGCGGACGUCAAACAUUCACAACCUGGGAGCACCUAUCCAUCGGUCCUCUCCUGGCCCACCUGGCGCGACCGCAACUGUUCCGCUCUUGCAUCUGGUCUGCCUCAGAUUACAGUCAACGUCAACAGGGGCCUGCCAAUCGUUUUCUAGGGGGCACUGGUGGUACUCGGUGCGGAGGCAGAGACGGGACAGGCAUGCACCCGGCAGACUGGCAUGAUGAUGAGGAGAUGCGGCACGAGAUCAGCGGAAGUCAAGGAACCUAA